GUACUUGAAUGGGAUUGACAUUGCAAGACCGGGAACCAGAUUAUAUUGAUGAUCAACAUGGCGUCCAUCAUGACCAGCAAAUAUCUACCGGCAGUUUCCGCCGAGACUACAGGGUGUGUUGGAAGACCAGAUUGGCUAACGUCAGAGUUGUCAACUGGGACAACAAUAGCGGCUAUAGAAUUUGAUGGAGGUGUUGUAAUUGGUGCAGAUUCUAGGACAACUUCAGGAGCAUAUAUUGCUAAUCGUGUGACAGACAAGCUUACAAAGGUAACAGAUUACAUCUAUUGUUGUCGAUCAGGAUCGGCUGCCGACACCCAGGCUGUUGCGGAUAUUGUUAACUACCACCUUAACUUUUACAAAAUGGAGAGGGGCGAGGAACCAUUGGUGAAGACUGCCGCCAGUACAUUCAGAAAUUUGUGUUACAAUAAUCGUGACAGUUUAUCCGCUGGUAUACUAGUGGCGGGAUGGGAUAAACGCAAUGGUGGACAGGUUUACACAAUACCACUCGGUGGAAUGUGGACAAGAAUGCCAGUGGCGAUUGGUGGAUCAGGAAGUACCUAUCUCUAUGGUUACGUGGAUGCUAAUUAUAAACCAGGAAUGGGCAAAGAUGAAUGUCUGAAAUUUAUCGCUAAUGCAAUCUCAUUGGCCAUUAAUAGAGAUGGGAGUUCAGGAGGUGUUAUCAGACUGGCAUGUAUCACAAAAGAUGGGGUAGAGAGACAUGUACUGACCGGGGACCAGCUUCCAAAAUUCUACGAGGAUUCUUAAUGUGCAAAUUAUAACUAAUUGUGACUCGUACAUCUCAUUUUGACUUGUAUUUAUUUACAAAUGCAUACAUUAGUGCUUCUGUUGAAGGACAGGUGUUUAUUAUGAUUGUGUUAGAUAUUGUCUUUACAGAUAUUCCAAUAGUU